AUGGAUCCUAUUCCACCCCCGCCCUAUAGCGAAACCGAUAUCUAUUCAAAUACCUCGUCACAUCCUAAUCUCACGCCAGCUACCUCUCAAGCAGACAAUCUUUCUGUGGCUAGCCACCGGCAACUCUCUAUUGCAUCUUCCAUAGACGAUUCGGUCAUCUACACGCCUCUGCACUCCCCCACAGCAUCGGACCAAGAAAGCCUCCAGGAUGGCUUUGGGCAUGGCUCUACCUCCUCAGCAGCUGUCUACUUUGAAUCACGGCCUGUACAUGGGCAAUCACCAGCUCAUGCGAUGACCUACAAUCUCACAAUCACGCCUCGGACACGGCCAGAAGAGCUUCCCUAUCCGCAAGGCUGGGCUAUCAGAGACGUUACUGAGCAAGACUGGCAAACAUUCGUAAACUACCUGCUACCUGACCACAUCGCAGCAGUCAACAACGAUGUGGCAGAUCGAAAGUUCCAGCAGGAGCUCGUGGAAGAAAGGAUGCACCAGCUUUCGCUUGGUCCGGGAGAUGAUAGAUCUAGAGCGGAUAUAAGUGAAGUUGAUGCGCAACUAGAUCCGUUGCGCAUACCACUCUCACCCAGAAGCACAGAAUCGCAUUCUGCAACCUUUGCCAUGAUUGCGGAAUGGAAUGAUGGGUUCUUUAAGCCUCGUGGGAUCGAAAUUGCGAUCAACGAGCCCAAAACCCAGGUUGCUGCUGAUGAAGAAACAAGGCAAAUGCCAGGCGCCUGGGUUCCUUAUGAUCAUGAGACUCCCGGUGGUGCGUCUAGAAAUCGUAGUGGAGGCAGAAGAGGUUUGUUUGGCUCGUUAAGAAGUUUUUCUGGUCUGGAGGCGAAUUCUGGGAACUUCAGGAUGGGACCGAUUGUUGCUGAUAAUGAGGGGCUCCGUAUUGGCAAGAACGGACUUGUGGCUUCUGCAAAUGGAUUCCGCAUGGGCAACAUGUUUGUCGCUGAUCAGAGUGGGCUUAGGCUAGGUGGCGCCCGUGGCUUCGUCGCCGAUGGCCAUGGAGUGAGUAUUGGAGGAAGGGCAUUUGGACGGCGAGAUUCAAACGACCACCGUCAUGAGCAUCAUAAGAGAGGCCGUGGCCGUGGUCGUCGGCAUGGAUACCACCACCGACAUCGAGGGCGUUCUGCAUCAACCUCUAGUUCCAGCUCUUCUGACUCCGAUGCAUCAGACGUGGAGUCGUCUGUUGGCUCUCUACCAGAUUACGAUGACAUUCAAGAACAAGCGCUGCCAGUCGCUCGGAGAUCCUUGAUUGACUGGCUAAAUCACCCGGAUCAACCUAUUACCAAAGACACAGUAAAGGACAUGAAAAGAGAGAUCAAGACCGCGAGAACCGAGAGCCCGGAGCAAUUCCAGCAAGAUUUAGUUGCUCUGAGGAAAGAAGUAAGAGAUCUAAUGAAGACAUUCAAAGAACAGAAACGCGUACAGAAGCAACAGCGGAGAGUCAACCGGAGGGCAAGACGCGCAGCUAAGAAAACUCAACGAAAGGCUCGCAGGGACACGAAGAAAGAGGAUCGUAAAGCGAGGAAAGAUGAGAGGAAAUGUAAAGACAAGGGAGAGUUCAGACACGGUCCACCUUGGGCGAGAUCGAGAGACCAUCUACCGAUGUCUACACCAGCUGUACCAAUGCCAAUACUUACCCCAGAAACCCCACCGAGCGCGCGAGGAUUCCCGUUUGGGAGAGCUCCCUCUGUACCUUUCAUAAAGCCACCGUUCUCUCGACCACAGGCCCCCCCUGGGAUCUCCGCAAUGCAUGGCGGGUGGCCUUACACCCAAGGUCUUUCCGUACCGCCGAUUCUGGGUAGAUAUCCAAGUCCAAGUCCAGUUUCUCAAGGAGCCGAGCAUCUCCAUGAACAAGCCGUGCAAAUGGACAGCGCUGCAGAAAGAAAGGAGGCGCAAGCGAUUGCGAUCCGAACAGCUGCUACAGCGCUGGGCUUGGGAGAAAAGCAGAAGUUGAAAAUGAUGACUGAGGCGUCUACGUUGGAAGAAGGGGGGGAGAAGUAUAGGAGGGAGGCUGAUAGAUUGAGAGCUGAAGCUUCGCAUCUGGAUGGUGAGCUUGCAAGAGAGCUGCAUGAGGAGAAUGAGGAAGGACAAGUCAGUGGGGUCAUUCAGCACUGA